CACUUCCCAAAUUAUUCACACACCCAAUGGAGUCCCUAAAACUAUUGUCGAUAGUCUUACUAACAAUAACUAGCUCUUGUGUGGCAUCAUCGGCUGCGAACGGUGGGUCGGCAGGUUACACUUGUGACAAGUACCCGGGAGUUUGUACAGUGGCGGGGAGCGUUAAACAGAACUGCUGCAAGAAGAUCGAUGUGCGUGAACUUGAACACGGACAACUUGAACUGCGGAGAGUGUGGACAUCAAUGCAAGCUCGGGAAGCAGUGUUGCAAAGGGCAUUGUUUUAACAUCCAAAAGAAUCGAUCCAACUGCGGGAUGUGUGGGUACAAGUGCUUGAACAAUGAGCAUUGCUGCAACGGGAAAUGCGUCAGUUUGAAGACUGAUAUUUUGAACUGCGGGUCGUGUGGGAAUAACUGCGGGCUCAAUGAGACCUGUUGCAAUGGGAAGAUUGUGAAUUUGCUGACCAAUAAGAAGCACUGCGGUGGGUGCCACAACAAGUGCAGAGGAAACGACGUGUGCGUGCUUGGGAUGUGCGAUUAUGCAUGAUCAGUCCUUUAUACGGACGAGAUUCAUGGCGAAUGUUACUACGUUUGGAAAUGUUAUACAGAGUUGAUGUAGUACUAGAUAUGAACAUAUAUACAGUAAUACCCGCAAUGUAUCAUAAAUAUUCUGUAUAGAUGGAAAUCAAAUACAGAAAACAACGUCACAUA